UGUGCGGGGUACUCAUUGUAUUGUCAACUCAGCCCUUUCAUGAUAUCUUCACUUCUCCUUCAUUAUAUUUAUCAUUAUCACAAUGAAAUUUUUUUCUUCACAAAUUUUCAUGAAUGAAAUACUUAUUCAAAUUGAAUGUAAAUGACAUUUUUUCUUGUUUCGAAUCAUCAUUAUUUGCAAAAAAAAUUAUAAUCUCGCAAAUAUUGUGAUUUGUGUUUAUUUAUUUAUUUUUUUGGUUUUUUUUUCAUAGAAAAAAAAUUUUUGAUAAGUGUUACAAAAAAAAAAAACAUUCUAGUGAUAAUAAACUUUCUUUUUUGUGAUGAAAUUCAAUUCAGGAUGAAAAACUCUUUUUCAGUGUGAAGAUAUAAAAAAAGGGAGACAAUAAUGGAAUUUUCGUCAAAAUUCUCAAUAAUCGCGAUCGCUUAAAUAUUUAAAAAAAAAUUUUUUUGUUUCUUAAUUUAAAUUUCGGGAGUGUACGAAAUUCUUAAAACCGCGAUCGUUGAUCAAUGAAAAAAGUAUAUUUUCCAAAAAAAAAUAUUUUGUUUUCCAUAAUUAUUAGAAACAUGUUUUCGGGAGUGGUCGAAAUUUUUUAAAUCGCGUUCGCUUUAAUAUUUUAGAAAAACUAUUUUUUUUUCCUAUAAUUAUUUAAAAACAUGUUUUCGGGAGUGAUCGUUUUUUAAAUUGUGUGUUUCCAGUACAAUCAUCCAAAAAUAUAUAUAAUAUAUAUGAUCAUCAAUUGCUGAUUAAGGUCAAAAAGGCAUAAUAAUGAUGAGAACAAGGUGAGACUGAAACGGAGGGAAAUCCCCCUCAGUUAUAAAGCUAUGGUGAAAGGUUUCGGACGUCACCUCGAGAGGGAGCCACCUAACGUUCACUUAAUCGUCCUUAUCUUCAUUCUCUCUACAAUAUCAACAACACGUGGCGUUGAUCUCUCACAAUGCAUUGCACCAUUGGGCAUGGAGUCAGGAGCAAUACCAGAUGCCGAUAUCACUGCAAGCUCCAGUUUCGAAAGUGGAAAUGUUGGUCCACAUCAAGCUCGAAUGAGAUCGGAGAGUCAUGGUGGCGCUUGGUGUCCAAAAGAUCAAAUAACAACGGAGCCACGAGAAUGGUUGGAAAUUGAUCUACAUACUGUUCACAUGAUCACUGCCACUGGUACACAAGGUCGUUUUGGAAAUGGCCUGGGUCUUGAAUUUACAGAGGCAUAUUUAUUGGAAUAUUGGCGACCACGUCUUGGAAAAUGGGUUCGCUAUCGUGACGUAAAGGGACAAGAGGUGAUCAAGGGUAAUACGAACACCUAUUUGGAAUCGAAAAGUGAACUAGAACCACCGAUUUGGGCUAGUAAAGUUCGUUUUAUGCCGUAUAGUUAUCAUAGAAGGACAGUUUGCAUGCGAGUGGAGCUCUACGGAUGUUAUUGGAGUGAUGGUGUGGUCUCAUACUCGAUGCCGCAGGGUGAUAAGCGUGGCAACGACUGGGAGUUCUUUGACGCGACUUAUGAUGGUCAUUGGGAUGGCGAGUUACGACGAGGUUUAGGUCAAUUGAUCGACGGAAGAAGAGGCUCGGAUAAUUUUAAAAUGGGCUACUAUGAUUACGAUCGUGGACAAGGUUGGGUUGGCUGGAAGAACGAUAGUCGCAAUGGACAGCCAAUCGAGAUUAAAUUUGAGUUUGACAAUGUCAGGGAAUUCUCCGCUGUUCAUAUUUAUUGCAACAAUCAAUUCACCAAGGAUGUUCGGGUUUUUUCUCAAGUUGACAUUCUCUUCAGUAUUGGUGGAAAGUACUAUCCAGGAGAACCAAUCACUUACACCUAUAUGGAGGAUAAUAUUUUCGAAACCCCUCACAACAUAUCCGUGAAGCUUCAUCAUCGAGUCGGAAAAUUUGUGAAACUGAAGCUUCAUUUUGCUGCAAAAUGGAUUAUGGUCAGCGAAGUUAAUUUCGAUUCUGAUGUUGCUCAUGGAAAUUUUACCAUUGAAGAUCUAACAUCAACAGAAACACCUGUACAGAGUGAUGUACUUAUAGAAAAAAAUAAAGUAUCGGAAGGUGAGCUUCCGGUUUCAACGGCAAAACACGAUGAUCCAACUUAUAUGGCCGUUGUGAUAGGAGUCCUAACUGCAGUAAUCCUUCUUUUAGCGGUUGCCAUUUUUCUGAUAGUAUCACGUCACAGGCAACGAAAAUGCUUUGCCAGUCCUAUGACAGGUAGAGCUCCUUCUCAUCUGGGAUCAACUUGUGCGACAGUUGAAAAAGGUGCAGCACUCAUGGCAUACACCCUCGAGGAUGAUGAAAAAUAUGCCGGUGGUUCUCUUCCCACACUGCCUAGAGAUCUUGGAAAUCGACUUUUGGAUAUCGUGAAACUUGACGACUAUCAAGAACCAUAUCAAGCCCUCAAAUAUGCUCCUUAUUAUAGUUAUAGCACCGUUGUGAUGGAGAUGAAGGACAUGAUAAUACCAAGCAAGGGCAUCAAUUCCAAUACAGCGGUAUAUGCCAACGGUGCAGUUGACACAUCCUACGAUUAUGCGGUACCGGAACUCGGGAAGGUGCCUCUUCUCAAUUCUGAUUGUUCCAAUGGGGGAAGGCCACUGUCAAGCACUGGCAGCGAACAGGACAGUAUUUUUUCGAAAACAACUCGAAACAGUAAAACGGAAGAUAAAAAGUCACCAACGCAACAGGAGGUACUUUCCGCCUUGAAGAAACGCCUGGAACAGACAAGCGUGCCGCUCUUCCCACGACAUAGACUUCGCAUGCUCUCGAAAAUUGCCGAUGGCGCCUUUGGCUCGGUAUACGUGGCAGAAGCUGAGGGAAUUCCAGAGUAUGGUACCACAACCACCCUUGGCAAGCGACUUGUAGCCGUCAAGUUUUUACUGCCGGAAGCCAACGAGAAAGAAAAAUUAGAUUUCCAGAGAGAUAUAAGAAUUUUAGCAGCCUUAGAAGAUAGAAAUAUUAGCCGAGUAUUGGGAGCCUGCUGUCGUGAGGAACCAUUUUGCGUUGUAAUGGAAUAUUUGGAGCACGGUGAUCUUUGUCAGUUUUUGAAAACUCACAUCACUGCCGAAGAUGCUCAUUCAAUGCCUCUUGGAGUCAAAACACUAAGUUUCAACUGUCUCAUCUACAUGGCAGCGCAAAUCGCGUCGGGAAUGCGUUACUUGGAGAAUCUAAACUUUGUGCAUCGUGACCUGGCAACAAGGAAUUGUUUAGUGGGAAAAGCAUAUCAUGUAAAAAUAUCAGAUUUUGGAACUGAUAAUGAAUUGUACGCCUGUGACUAUUACAAAAUGGAUGGAAACGUUUCUCUGCCAUUACGUUGGAUGGCAUGGGAAUCAUUAUCCUUGGGUAAAUAUACAACGAAAAGUGAUGUUUGGUCAUUUGCCGUGACUCUGUGGGAAAUUUUAAAUCUUGGAAGACGAGUUCCUUAUGAACAUCUUACUGACGAUGAAGUAAUGCAAAGUUUAAAACAAUUGCAUCGCAGUGGCAGCGAUUCAACUGAAGACAACGAAAAAGAAGACGUCCUUACAUUAUUUGACUAUCUACCAAGACCAACAGCCUCAUCAAAGGACAUUUAUGAUCUUAUGUUAGAAUGCUGGCGACGAGAAGAUUUCGAGAGACCGACAUUCCGUGAGAUAUCACUUUUUUUGCAAAGGAAAAAUCUUGGUUAUGCGCCCACCUCUUGAUAUUAGAGAUUUAUUCACUGCAAAAUAUAAAGGUACUUACAAGAGAAACAAAAAUUCUUUUCAAAUAAAAAAUAAAACAUUAAAAAAGAAAAUAGGAACUGAAAAAAAUAAGAAUUCCUAUUUUUCUUGAAAAAAAGUGUCAUCAACUCAGGACUGAUUAUUAUAUUCGAUUAGCGAAUAAUAAUUGCAAUUCAAAAUAGAAAAAAAAUUUUGAAUUGUCAUUUAAAAACUUAAAUUUUAGUGACAAAAUUGUCUGUCAAUUCUUAAAUUAACUAAAAUUCUCCAGGGCUCAUUGAUAAAUUAAUUUUUCCCUAUUUUAAAUUAGUAAUAUUGGAAAAAGAACAAUUU